UAGUCUCUUUCCUUCUUCACCGAUUUUUUGUCGUCACUGAAGAAAACACACAACGGAGGCGCGAACUGCUACUGCGGAAUUCCUUUGAGGUAAUGGGAGAUCAAAGGGCUUUGAUUGCGUACAACAAUGGCGGAAGGAGCGGGAGUUUUAGUGAAGAAGAUAAUCGCAGUCAUCGAGAUGACGAUUCUCCAAUAAUCAGGGACAUCCAUGCCCUAACUCCGCCGCGGGCGCCGCGACCGCAGAGGGAAGCUUGGGAGACGAAUAGCCGCCGAUCAUCGAACCUAUCCAUGGCGUCGUCCGAGAAUUUCUCGACUAUGAGUCGGGAAUUCAGCGCUCUGGUCCUCGCCGGAUCCACAAUCGGCGGUACGGAGCAUGAAUCUGGCUCGAAUAAUUUGGGGAGAAUUAGGGAGGAGGAGAAUUUGCAGGAGGAGACCAAUCCCCUGGCGAUUGUUCCCGAUAACAAUCCUUUUCAAUCGCCUAGGGCUACCAACCCUGGCGGCGGCGGAAGUGAGGGAAUGACUCUCGCUACCGUUAACGGAAACGGAAAUCACAACGGCGGCGACGUUUCCGUUCAGCAAGUGAAGAAAGAGGAGGUGGAAUCGAAGAUAAACGCUUGGCAGAACGCUAAAAUUGCUAAAAUCAACAACCGAUUCAAGCGUGAGGAUGCGGUUAUCAAUGGUUGGGAGGGGGAACAGGUCCAGAAGGCAUCCUCUUGGAUGAAGAAAAUCGAGAGAAAGCUGGAGGAGAAAAGGGCAAAGGCAUAUGAGAAAAUGCAGAACGACAUAGCAAAAGCCCACCGCAAGGCGGAGGAAAGGCGAGCUUCUGCCGAGGCCAAGAGGGGCACAAAAGUGGCCAAAGUUGUUGAAAUAUCCAACUUGAUGAGGGCCGUCGGGCGGCCUCCCAUGAAGCGCUCUUUCUUUUGAUUGAAAGAAAUCGAAUCCCUCAGAGGAACGCCAAAACUAUUGGUAAUAUGUAAAUAUUACUUGCAGAAGAAGAGAUGAUCAUCAUCAACAGCAAUAAGUUUGCUGAUAUGAUAUGGAUGUGUGGUGCAUGAGGAAAUCCCUUUUACUUUUUGAACCUUUAAGGGACUAUAACUAUGAUCAUCCUUUCUAUUCUAAGUGUGGAUUUUGAGAUAUAGAUAGAUUAUGAAGUAUAUAUAUAUAUAUAUAGAGAGAGAGAGAGAGAGGAUAUUUGUGUGUGUGAUGAAAUUGAGGGAUCAAGAAUUACUGUGUGUAUGACAAAGGGUGUGCCAUUUUUUGUGUUCUGAGGAACUUAAGACAUGGAUUGUUGCCAUCUUUAAUGAUGCAAUUACAACAUGUUACAUGUGUUAGUGUGAGAA